GACAAUGGAAGCGCUUCCUAUUGACAAUAUCACCACAAUGGAUCGCCUAUCUUGCGAAGAAUAUUUUCUACUUGGCUCGUUGAAAUAUUACUCGUAACAGACCGUUAUUCAUUCAUAACUUCUUGCACUUGCUCACUCACACUUUGCCAUCAAUCACUUUUUGAACGACAGCAAUUUAUCAAGGCACAAAGCCCCUUCAUUUAUUCUCGAGUUAACACCGAACCCAAUACGAACCAUGGCUUCCAAGGAAGAGGAGAAGAGCGCUCAUCUGAACCCGUUCAGUCUGCAGAGAAUGUGUGAGAGGGCAGCCAUAAGAAAUAUCAAAGAUAUAUACGAUGUUGGCGGCAUGUCAUACAAAACCGUCAAACCAAUUCUUGCCAGAAUCAAAAUCCCUGAGCAGCUGCGUCAAAUAGAGCUUGCAUCCCCUCAAAUCAUCGGCGAAACGGUCGAACUGUGGGAAAGAUUCAUCCAACGCGACGUCGAGAAUUGGCGUGAAAAGAACUAUCGCCCAAGCAAUCCUGCAGACUGGCCUGCUGUUUACAGGAAGUACAUGGACGAACAGAAGGCCAAAAUCGACUACGAUAAAGAGAAGCUCCGCCAGGCAUUGGCCGGCAUCAAGAAAGAACAGAAAAACAACCUCAGCAAGAAGGUCGAAGCUCGAUACAUGCCAAAAAUACCGAGGGACUCGCGUAUGCGUGCAAAUGAUGGCGGAGUCCCGAUUGUCGGUCGCGGCGGCAGAUCUGGGAACCGUAUUGGUGCUCCAGGUCGUCGCCUUCCAUCGGUGUCCACAAUUGGAUAUGCCGCAACAGGAGUCAAGAAGCGAGUCAACAUUGUCGAGAAGGCCAGGCGCGAGGCCGCCAUGGCAAUCGCAGCCCGGCGACAAGGUAAAGCCAAGGUCCCUGACUUUCGGAGCCAAAUCAGAAAGGCCCCAGCUGGCAUGGUGAACGAGUACCUCAAGGCUGCUGAAGUUGAAAAGAAGAAGCUCAGCCCGCGCAAUUCCCCAGUCGCUACUGGUAUCCCCGUCCCAAACGCAGCCAUGAAAGACCGCGAGGCACGACUUCGAGCUAUCAAGGCGUCUGGAGCAAGGAAGCCGGUCGUCCAAGAGCAAGAACCCUACCUUGCACCUGCCCAGGUCCUCGACUUCAACACUCCGUCCGAGGACACUCACGCAAGUUCUGCGAAUGACGAUGAUGAUAUUGAGAAGCUAUUCGGGGAGUACCAUGAGCGCCAGCUCAGCGCGACAGCCAAGCGCAAGCUACACGGAAAGGAUUAUGCCGAUCCAUUCACCUACCGCCCUUCCCCUGUCAAACCAGCGACGAAGCGCACAACUGAUGUCCCGCCGGAGGAGUGGGAAGCUCGAUUGCAAGAGAGAAAGAGUGCCAGUCCACCUGCGCGUUCGAGACAGUCAUCCCCGAGUGGAGUCACAGAGCAGUCGAAGAAUGCAAGCCUAAUGAAGGGUCCACCAAAGAAGAUCUUCAGGCGCCCACCACCUACGGAUCCUUUCAUGACGCCGAAGAGACCUCGCCGUGCGUAGUCAGUCUGUUUUGUUUUUUUGCAUCGUCUGGGGCGUUUGGGAGAUAGGUAUGUGGGUGGGGUAUAUGGGUAUAUACACACGUGAAGCAUUUGCACGCAUAAAUCACGGAGGAGUAUGAGGGUGGGGUAUAUAUGCAGAAAGCACUGGCACGUAUAAAGGAGUUCAAUUACUGGAGCGAUGGAUACCAUACAUGAUAGAUACCAUACAUGAUAGAUACCAUACAU